AACGGGUUGGGGACCAAAAUUACACGGCAAAUUGCAAGGUACUAAUCGGAAAUUUUCUCUAAAUAAAAUAAGAAAAUCAAGAUCGAAUUCUGAGGUUGAAAGAAACAUUUCGUCUGCGCAUUUCGCUUGUACGAGAAUCUGGUAAUUCAGUGUUUCAGACCCGGGAUUUCCUAGAGUUUUAUCUCGUUUUCAGGAGUAUAGGCGAAGAAUAAAAACAGACUUUGUUGGAUAAUUGUGGCUUGAAAGCAGAGAAAUGAGUAACUUUCGAAAUGACGUUGGAAAUCCUUCCGGAGGGAAUUUGAGGAGAUUAAAAGAGCUUAUUCUUAAAAGUGAUAAUCGCUUUUGUGCAGACUGUGGUGCUCCAGAUCCAAAAUGGGCGUCAGCAAAUAUUGGAGUAUUUAUAUGCUUGAAGUGUUGUGGAGUGCACAGAAAUCUUGGUACACAUAUCUCAAAGGUUUUAUCCGUGACACUAGAUGAAUGGUCUGAAGAAGAAAUUGAUGCUAUGGUUGAGGUCGGUGGAAAUUCUGCUGCUAAUGAAAUCUAUGAAGCUUUUAUUCCCGAAGGAUUUUCGAAACCCAGGCCGGAUUCAUGUCAUGAGGAGCGAAUGAAGUUCAUCAGGGCCAAGUAUGAGCUUCAAGAAUUUUUGAAACCAAGUUUGCGGAUUGUCUCAUUUCCUGCAAGGGGCUCUCUCCAAUCUAGUUCUUCUAGAAAGAUUAUGGAUAAUUUCAGAAGUUCAAACUCAUCAACCAAAACGGAAGGCAUGGUGGAAUUCAUUGGGUUACUCAAGGUCAAAGUUGUAAAAGGCACAAAUUUAGCUAUUAGAGAUAUGCUGUCUAGUGAUCCUUAUGUUGUCCUGAAUGUUGGGAAGCAGCAGAGGGUCCAGACACAAGUGGUACAUAGCAACUUGAAUCCUAUUUGGAAUGAGGAGCUCAUGCUUUCAGUUCCUCAGAAUUAUGGACCCAUGAAAGUGCAAGUGUUUGAUCAUGAUACCUUCUCAGCUGAUGACAUAAUGGGGGAAGCGGAGGUUGAUAUCCAGCCAAUGAUCACAGCUGCAACAUCAAUUGGAGAUCCAAGCAUGUUUUCAGAUAUGCAAAUUGGAAAAUGGUUAAAAUCGCAUGACAAUGCCCUCAUCCAUGACAGUUCCGUCAAUAUUGUUGAUGGGAAAAUAAAACAAGAGGUCUCGCUCAAGCUUAUGAACGUGGAAUCUGGAGAAAUAGACUUAGAACUAGAGUGGAUACCUCUAGACCAUUAGCUUCAUCAAUUUCUCCACCCAUAUUCUUUUGUUUAAUAAGACCAUAGUGUAUAGGUUGUUUUACGAACUACAUAUUGACUAUGCAUUUACUGUUUUGUUCUUUUUUCUCCCAGUGUAUUUUGUUUUAUUUUUUCUUCUGUAAUUUGUAUCUCUGUAGACUACUUUUACAUCAAUUGGAUUGGCUUCUUGCUUUGGAUGGUGUC